AUGUUACCACCAACUUUGGUUUUCAUUAUCGUGAUUGCAUUACAAGCAUUCUACGCUGCCGCAAAUAUUGAUGACAAGUUAAUUAUCUAUUCAAUUUAUCGUGAUCUAGAUACUUUUGGAGAACUAUAUGUUGCCCCAAGAGUAGACUCAAACUAUGGAUAUCAACUCGACAAGGAAACCUUUAGUGACAUGAUUGACAAAAUUAAAAAUACACACCCCGACAAAUUAGAGUGUCUGACAUUUGGUUUUCCUCCAGGAUUAUGUUUAGCACUCACUAAAGGUGGUGCAUUUCUCAAGAAAUCUGGGUGGAUAUUAGUCAGGGGGUGGUUGUUAGGUGGUUCUUUGGAAGUAGAGUCUUGGGAAGGCUGUCCCUCACUUGAAGUUAUCAAACUAGAAUGCUUUCAAGAAUUUGACUUUGAUAGAUUACCUCAUGCCAUAUCUAAUGUGAUCAACUACAUGACGUGCUCCGACACUAAGCUUAUUGAAUUUUGGGGAGGCAACUUGGAAGAGACACAUGUCCAAGAAUUUAUGAAGCUAUUGGGUGAUGCCGAGAAGAAGAAACGGUUCAAUUUGGAAUUCCUUUCAUUGGAACUAGAAAUGGUUCCCUUGAAUGUGUAUCCAUUGAGGGAAUUUGAGCUUGUGGGUAUAGUAAAUUUGAAAUUUUUACUCCAGCGGAAGUUUCAUUCUACUUUGAAAGUUUUGAAAAUCCCAAUGAUUGACUCGGAAAGCACCGCUACACUUUUUGAGCUAGUACCAACAGGUAUUGAAGAGUUGGAGUUAAGAAGUAACUCAAUUAAUUGGGACGUUUCGGAUUGUGACUUAUCAAAAUUUGCUGUGUUAAAAAGACUCAAUUUGUCCGACACCAGACUUGGAAAUUAUGUUGAAGCACUUAUAUUUCCUGAAUCAUUGAAAGUUUUAGAUGUUGGCUAUAAUAAUAUUGACUCGGUUGAUAAAGUUAGUUUUCCCAUGGCCCUAGAGAUUUUAGAUGUUAGUUCUAAUAGAAUUAGUUCCGUUGAUAAAGUUGAUUUUCCAAACAAUUUAAACGAACUAAAUGCAUCACGGAACUGCAUCAAAAGGCUAUGCAGUGUUGAUUUCCCAUCUGGUUUGAAAGCGCUUGAUGUUUCAGAAAAUUAUUUGGAGAGUAUUGAUAUCGGGCGUAACAAUGAUAAUAUACCACUACAAAUUGAGGUUGUGACCAUUAAUUCCAACAAAUGCCCAAUACUCGGCUUUAACUGGUCUAAGCUACCAUCCAGUGUCAAAGUGUUGUCGUUUGAGAACUAUAAGACAAAACAAAGGUUUUUUGAAUUUGGGAAAUUGGUUGUGUCUGCGAGUCUCAGAAACAGCGAUUUAUCAGUAUUGGAAAGAUUGAAUUUCAAAGCAAAUUGCAAUUUCAGGCGUUUAGACGUAAGUGCCUGCAACUUGUCAAGCUUUGAUUUUGAUUUGCCAGAGACAAUUUUAGAAAUUGAUUUGUCUGGAAACGAACUUAAAGAAUUUCCCCAGCAACUUGACCAAUUGAAAUUUUUAAGAGUGUUAAACCUUUCGAAGAAUCAACUAGUAGAAAUAAGUGUAGAGCUUCCCAAUGCCAUCGAGAUUCUUGACUUUUCAGAUAAUCAGUUAUCUGAAGUCAACAUUACAUUCGCCUCUGACAAAAAUGCCAUCGAAAUCCUUGAUCUUUCAAAUAACAGCAUCAGAGAGCUUCAAUUGUCAUUUGAAAAAGGGCCAUCUAAGCUUCAACUGCUCAACUUGCGCAAGAACCAAUUGAAGGAGUUUUCAAUGGAAACAAUAGGUCAUGGGAAGAAAUCUUUUCAUGAUAGUUUGUUCGAAAUUAAUCUAUAUGAUAAUGGUGAUAUUACAAAUGAGAACAUUGAGUCUUUGAUUUCGGAAUUAUCGAAAUCCACCAAAUGCUUGUGGUGGAAUCGUACUUUUACUCAGGCCUCGACAUACAACGAUGAAGAUCUCGAUCGAUUCGCUUUGAAUGAGUUAAAUGGGAACUUGGCUAGCUCUAUGAGAGUUGACCCAAUUAUCGAUUGA